AUGGUGUGUGACACCUUGACAGAGUUGACCCUCUUCUACAGGUCAAAUGCGAUGAGCUACGGCCCAGGUGUGAACAUUGCCAACGCUUACAUCUUUUCUGUCAAUGGACACCAAGACUCUGCUUUCGCGAUGACACAGCACGAAUCCUUCGCCAAUAUCCCAACGUCAACAGAUCCAGUUCCUGCGUUUGGCAUCACGGCAGUCCUCCUGCAAAACCUUCUCCUCAGCAUGACGGUCUCUCUAGCUUCUGUACAUUACAAAGCAAUGAAGAAAGGGAACGAAAGGCCGACUGCUAUGCUGCUGGGACCUUUAUGA